UAAUGAAUAACAAAAACAGUCGACAGUCGCAUGCGUGCGAAUAGAGACGCGUGCCGCGUGCUAAAUUAUAUUGAAGUGUUUUGAUUUAGUGAUUAAGUUCGACAACCUUACAAAAAAAACAAUAUAAAAGAUGGCAAUUAAACUACCUAAAAGUUGUUGUAGUUAUUGCAUAAGUCCCAGGAUUGAACUUGUCAUUUGGGCAUGUAUCAGUUUGAGUAUCAGCACGGUGGUCUUAUUUUUCCUGAUUUUUGGUGUGAUGUUCGCGGAUGCAAUGGCAGGAGGUAGUCAUCGGUUCGCCCCUGAGGAUUUGAUCAUAUUGAUAAUCUCAUUGGUGUUAAUCACUGACGUCGUGCACAACGUACUCAUCAUAGGAUCUUCUCUUGGGAGAAACGCGAAGCUGCUCAAGAUUUCCUAUUACCUCGGUGCCGUGUUGUGGUUCAUUCUAACAGCUAGCGUCAUUCUAGGUUUCGCAUCUGCAAUAGCGCUCGCACCAUCAGAUGUUUCGACGCUAUUCAAUAGAUAUUCGGCAAUUUUUGUCUUACUGAUAAUAAUGCGAGGAUACAUGCUUCUGAUAAUGCGCGGCGUAAGGUUGCAGCUACAAGAACAUAGCCAUGGAUACAUUGACUUGGACAAGACCGCGGAAAUGGGGAGGGACCAGGAACCCCCUGUUCGACGCGUGUAUUAGUAUUGCCUGGGCCAAGGAACUCACGCUCCGCGCGUCAUGCGCGUGCAGGCGCGCCGACCGCCAUACAUUUGAGGCAUUAGCGUUGAGCACCACCGACCGUCAUGCUCUCGGGUUACACUGUGGGCUCUGUGAGCUGCAGACUGCAAAAACCCCAUGACUCCGCCAUUUUGAACAUUUUCCAAUAACAUAAUUAUUAAAAAAAUAUACCGGAUGUCUCCUGCUGUAACACGAGCACAUAAUUAAACCAUAGAUUGUACUCCUCAAACCAUAAAAUGCUUGUUCAAAAACUUUAAAAAAUCAUAAAGU